GCAAAGUGUACAAGUUCCAAUUCCAGUAUCCAAUUUAACGUGAUGCAGAUUUGCCAUGAAUUGACUUGUUUUCUGGACAACCUUUGUUUAGGGAAGUUUUCACACUCCACCACAAGUUGUAGUUGGAGAAAAUUGCAUAUGGAUCGGAAAUAGGGCUACUUUGGGCUGAGACAAUACACAUCCACUACAAUGGAUGAAGCUACUAUUUGUCCUGAUCCGUCUCAUCUGUUAAGCCGUUUGGAAGAUAUUUUGGAUUCCGACCCUAAACUUGGAAUUGCCUCUUCGUUGUUUAGUCGUGCAAAGUUUUGUCGUGAUGAAGUGGGCUUUAUUCAUCCAAUGCAGUUUACUGCAUUCGCUGCACUCACUGAAGAGGCCAAUAGUUCCUCAUCCUCGUCUUUUGGAACUAAGCCUCAACCAGAAGAUGGUAGUUCUGACUUUUUUUGGCAUCACGGACAUAAGCUUGGCAUCUGCACCUUUGUGCUUGUUCCUCUGUAUCGUGCGGCUAGAGAUGCAUUUAUGGAUGCUUAUAAUCGAUAUGUAAUCUCGUGCGACUCUCGAGCAAAAACAGGUGAUGAACUAGAUGGAAACGCAUUGUUCCUGGACAUUAUGGAAAAGGAAGUUAUGAAGCAUAGCAAGACACUUCUUCUAUUAAGCUGUGAUUUUGGCACUGCUUGGAAUUCCAGGAAGGUUAUUGUGUUGAAGAAGCAACUGCUUCCAAUGUUUAUGGAUGAACUACUCUUAUCAGCUUUAAUUCUAUCAUUUUCACCAAAAAGCGAACGUGCUUGGAGCCACAGGAGGUGGGUGAUCAAGAUGAUAGCUGCAAAAUGUGCAAAUCUACAAGAGAUUUUGGGAAGAGAAUCAGAGUUAGUGAAAACUCUUGCUGAGAAAUCUAAAAUGAAUUAUCGUGCUUGGAAUCACCGCUGCUGGAUGGUUUCCUACAUGUCAACUUCACAGGUGCUACUUGAGUUGAAGGGUUCAAGAGAUUGGGCUGAGCUUCACGUUGCUGAUAACUCUUGCUUUCAUUACCGAGCUGCUUUAUGGCUCCACCGUCGCUUUCUUUCUCUGGUCUGGUUGAAACAACAUUUACUGUCCAACGACGAUAAUCAAAGAAAUAUUUACUCCAAUUCUCGCUGCACAAGCUGCGACAUUAGUGUGUUCAUUAAAGAUGAACUGAUGCUAUUUGAUUCGUGCAUAAAUUUCCCUGAUGAAGAAGAUUAUUUCGGGGAUUAUCGAGCACAGGCGAUCCAUGCUGCCACCUACAUUAUGUGGCUUGCAAAGCAAAUGCCCAUAUGUUUUGGUGCUGAGCUUCGAGGAAGUUCCAAGUACAAGGGUUGUCUCAGACGUUUGCUCGACGAUGCCGGAAAGAGCUGCCUUUCGGAAUCUCUCUACGGACAGCAAGCUCACUCGACGGCGUCGGUUCUUCCCCUCCUCAACGGCGAUGGCGUAUCUCGGUGGCAUCGCCUCGGUCGGCUGAGUUGUGCGACGGGGAGAAGGAGAUGGAUUCCACCAUCGAGAAUCUACCCCAUCAUCAGAAAAUCGUCGCUCGUGUACCAUCAUCACGCUCGAGAAGUCGCAGGUGAUAAAGACUUGGCGAAGCUGCGGAUCAGCACGCUCGAUUCUCUCCGGCAGCAAAUUGUCGAGGAGCCGCAAACAGAAAAAAAAACUCUGAUCGGCCAACAUAUACACGGCUGGGCACCCGGAUGCUUAUCCCAAAAGUUCAAAGAAUUUAAACUUCUCGAAGGCAAAGUGUACGAGAUCACAAAUUUCGAACUUGUGGAGGACAAAAGGGCAUUCAAGAUAACCAAAUCACGUCACAAGUUCAUUUUCUACAAAGAAACUAACAUGCGCGAGAUAGUUGAUGACGAGUAUCUGAGGUUGAUGUUUGAGUUCAAGCAAUUCAGCGAGCUAACCGACACCGAAACAAUUGAUCCUUCCACAUCUUUUGACAUGAUUGGCCGUAUUGUCUUGUUUCAAAACGUACAUACAAGAAAUUCAAAUGGAGGUCAAAAGAGAUGUAUUGACAUUGUUCUUGAAGAUGUUGAGGCUGCCACCAAACUUGCGUACUAUGGGAAGGAUAUGCGGAUAUGCUUCUAUCUGCCUACAAAAUGUCAUCUACUACUGAAUUGCGUGUGCUCAUAA